AAAAGGAGAGGCCAAAAAUUGGGCCAUAUCGAUUGAUAAUGGUGGAAUCCACAUCCUCGUAGUCAUCAGUCAUAUGAGUCAGCAGUCUGCACAGUUCUUAUACUUUGUUAGUCAGUUUAGGCAAUUUUGGACCAAACUCCCUUUGUUUAUGACUUUAUCUUCCAGCUCGGACACACCAUAGUAUAUAGGUUCAUUCAUGACGUAUUCGGUUCAGACUCCCCUGUUUCCAUGCACUCCAUCUAUAAAUAACUUGGGGUUUUCCCCUUAAUUAAAACCAUUACAUUUUGAGGUUUUUAAGUGUGAAAAAUCAAAUCUUUGGUGAGGAUUUGUGAUGCAAACGAGAGUGGAAGUAAGGAAAAAGUAAGAAGAAACCAGGAAGUGCAACAGAAUCACGUGUUCAAAGCAUAAAAGACGAAACCCAUAAAGUUCCAGAAGUGGGUCUAUCUGUUUGGUGCUUUUUAGGUUGUUGGUGGGGUUGGCUUGGCAAAGAAAAGCCAAACGUAACCGAAGAUUCCGCCGUGCUUCAGUUUGGAAUCUUCAUUUAUAAACUUUAGUUUUGCUGGGGGUUCCGUUUCUGUGGUGGUGAUUGAUUUUGGGUUCUUGAGAGCACUGAAUCAUUGCUGAGUAAGGUGCUCAAAGUUCGCUGCACCGGUAAGAAGCAGAGAGCAAAGAGUAUUUUAGCGUCUUUGUUGAUAAACUACAAAAGGUACUCACUCAUAAAACAUUGGCCAUAUAAGAUGCUUGUACAUAGAAGAACUUUGCAUGAUUUCGUGUGGAGGAGAUAUAAAGGAUGUGCACAGGAUUUUCAUGCUAAAUGUGAAACUGGAAGAACUCUGGAUAUUUGAUCAUAUUCCUGAAUUACACAGUUACAUGAAUCUGUCCAGAAAGUACCAGUCUUUAUGUGAAGGGAUAGAUUUACCAAUCCCGAACUGCAUUUUAUAAUUGUCCAAGCAAUUUUGAAUUUAGAAAAGCUAAAAUUCGAAUGACCGUCUCUAACAAAUGUCUAUCAUCAGCUCUAUGCAUUAAAGGUUUGGGGCAUUGGGAUACCAGUUUUCUGGAUUUCUUCUUCUUCUGUUUGGGCACAGAACAUGCGUUCUACACUCAUUUGCAAAUAUCUAAAAGAUGAUAUUCAAAAGCCUCUGUUCUCUGGUCUUACUAGAAAGUUGUACAGUUUUCCCUUCUUAAUUUUUGUGGUUUCUAGCUGUUGUCGGAUGUCAGAUGAGAUGAUGUGGUUUCUUACAUAUCAUUAAGUUGUUUGAGCAGAUGAGAUGUUCACUAUGUUUCUCAUGCAUUGAGACUGUAAAUUUGCUUUUUUAUUUUACUAUGCAUCGAACUCACUUGUUCUACUCCAAUUGAUUACAGUUCAAAAUGGUGGCUAGAACGGUGGACCUUAGAUCUGACACAGUCACCAAACCAACUGAAGCAAUGAGAGCUGCAAUGGCGAAUGCUGAAGUUGAUGAUGAUGUGUUAGGUUAUGAUCCAACUGCGCGUCGUCUUGAAUUGGAGGUUGCUAGAAUUGCAGGGAAAGAAGCAGCCCUGUUUGUCCCUUCAGGGACAAUGGGUAACCUUAUAAGUGUGCUAACACAUUGUCAAGUCAGAGGCAGCGAAAUCAUAUUAGGUGAUAGUAGCCAUAUCCAUAUCUAUGAAAAUGGGGGCAUUUCCACAAUUGGUGGUGUUCAUCCAAGAACUGUGAAAAAUAAUGAUGAUGGGACAAUGGAUAUUGAGCUAAUUGAAGCUGCAAUAAGAGAUCCUAGCUUCGAGAUCUGUUUCCCAACAACUAGGCUCAUUUGUUUGGAGAAUUCACAUGCCCAUUCUGGAGGGAGAUGCCUGUCUCCUGAGUAUGUAGACCGAGUUGGAGAGCUAGCAAAGAAGUAUGGGCUGAAGCUUCACAUUGACGGGGCUCGUAUUUUUAAUGCAUCAGUUGCACUGGGAGUUCCAGUUCAAAGACUUGUACAGGCUGCUGAUUCUGUCUCAAUAUGCUUAUCAAAAGGUCUUGGUGCUCCAGUUGGAAGUGUUAUUGUUGGUUCAGAAAGCUUCAUUGCCAAAGCUAAGAUCCUUAGGAAGACUUUGGGUGGUGGAAUGAGGCAGGUUGGCGUCCUGUGUGCUGCUGCAUAUAUCGCGUUGCAGGAAAAUGUUGGUAAACUCGAGGGAGACCACAAAAGAGCCAAGACUUUAGCAGAGGGGCUGAACAAAAUCAAAGGACUAAAAGUGGACUUGGAUUCUGUCCAGACCAACAUAGUGUAUUGCGAUAUACUGGAGAGCGUAAACAUCACAGAAACCAAACUGUGUAAGAUGUUGGAGGGAUAUGGUAUACUUGUUCUACCCGAAGGCCCACUCAGGAUUAGGUUUGUCAUUCAUCACCAGAUCUCCGACAGCGAUGUGCAACACAGUUUGUCCUGUAUUCAGCUCGCUGUGAAUGGAGCUCCCAACAAGAAAUGAUGACAAGAGAGACAAGAGCUCACAAAACCCUUUGUUAUAAUACAUAUCUAUAGUGUCAUUUAAGACUGCAAUGUCUGGCAAUUCUGGAUUCUGAAUGUCAUCAUAUGCAUGUAGCUAGGAUUUGUUGUGUUUAGUUAACUUGUUACUUUGGUUUUUAAAUGGUUCCAGUAGUUUAUUGAAUUUUUAUUGGAUUGCGCUUUAUUAAUUUGAUGGAUUAUGGGUGGUCAUGAAAUACUCCAUUUCUGUGUUACUGUAUUGGUUGAUGGACCAAAUUAACCAAAUCAAUCCUGAAAAACAUAUCAUAAACCUCAGAAUUAUGACUAAUUUAAUAGAGGGGAGUAGAAGGUUAGAGCAGUGUCUACAAGGCCCAUGUGGUUUAAGAUCUUUUACCACAAUCAGUCUGUUUUUGUAUGGGUCUAAAUAAGCUUAGCUUAGGGUAUAAUUCCACCAAGGCCCAUAAAGGUUAUUGUGCAUUCCCACUAUUAAUCCAUUCUGGUGUCGACUAAGGUUGGACAAACAGAUGGCGG